GUCAAUCAUCUGUUAAGACGUUUCAUUGGUGCGUCGUCCGUUGUACACAAAGCGAAACACUUUACGUCUACGCAGGCUACAAGCAAUUUUCCUUUGAGCACACAUUUCGGGAACAACUAAUAAGUCUACAUUUAAGAACAGGAGAAAGAUGAUUGAAGUGGUAUGCAAUGACCGUCUGGGCAAGAAGGUCCGCGUAAAAUGCAACUCUGAAGACACAAUAGGUGACCUGAAGAAGCUCAUCGCUGCCCAGACAGGCACCCGGUGGGACAAGAUCGUUCUGAAGAAGUGGUACACCAUAUUUAAGGACCACGUGUCUCUGGGAGACUAUGAGAUCCAUGAUGGACAGAACCUGGAGCUAUACUAUCAGUAGAAGACUGAGGACACGAGCGAGCAUGCAUGCGCACGCACCCACACACACACACCUUGUAAUUACAGGGAGUAAAGUGCGUUACUCCAUAGGGUUAUUUUAACGGCUGACAUUGUUCAUGUUAUAGUGAUGUUUUGAUAUUGUUUGGAAAUAAAAGCAAAUGUACAGUA